AGGAAGUGGUUUCACUUGGCCAAUUCCUAGGGUGACAGUAGAGUCGAAUCAAGUUUUUUGGCGCCGUUGCCGGGAACGGCUAGGUUUGCACGGCCAAAACCUCAAUUAGCAUGGCCGUGCAAGUAGGGGGUGCGAGUUUCAGUGGGUAUAAAAGUUGUUUUGCAAUUUUUGGAGAGGGAGAGCUGGGUUUUGGAUCCCAAACACCCAAGGGACGAACCAAAGAGAGAGAGGGUGAUCUAUAGCCAUUCUUGGAGCUAUUUUGGAGGAUUUCUUCACCAUUGGAGCUCGAGAAUCAAGCUUGGAGAUGGAGAUUGAAGAUUUAGAUGAGAUUUCUGCAGUCUCUCUCUUCUCUAUGGAGUAACUUCCCUUCACUUAGGUUGUGAGGAACCCUAGUUCCAUAUGUUAGGGUCUUUCUUGUAUGAAGUUUUGGAUGCUAUAUUGUGUGAUUAUAAUCGAUUGAGGCAUGAUUUAUUGAGUCAAUUGAAUCCUGAUCAAAUUAUCUUGAUUUCUGCUUUAACCUUUGAUAUAUAGAAAUUACAUGGCGACUUGCUCUCCAAUAUAUUCUAGAAGAAGAAUAUCGAGAAAGGGUGAGGGAAGAAGUUAUGGAGGACGAGGAAGAAAGCAAAGAAGAGGAAUUUCUUGAUCUUUUCCAAGGGGAGAGACCACAUUCUGAUGAAGGAAGGGGGGGUUGAAGAAGCAAUUUGUGUCCAUGUUGAGGAUGAAGUUGAGGUGGAAGAGGCAUGCACCGGCCAUGAGUUACAUGUGAUAUCUCCACCAAACUCCGAGGAGCUGCUUGGAAAGGACCCAUUUGCAGUGUCUCUUUGCCAGAGCAAGACCACAUCAACAUCAAUCCCUCUUGGUGGAUGCAAUGGUGGUCAAUCGAAUAUAUCUUAUCUGGUUUGGGGGAAUGAGACAAGAGCAGACGCGAAGGAAAGGUCUCGAAAGUGGAGACUUCAUCUUCCUCACGGCCACGAGCCAUCUUCAUCACCUAUCACAUCACAUGCUCGUGACUUGAGACUCCACCUUAUUAAUGAGAACCUCAACUUCAAGGAGGUUCUAGCAUGGACCGAAACUUAGGAGCCACGUCCAGCUAAGACGUAAAAGAAGCGCUUGUGGGGAGGCAACCCCACCAAGGUUUGUUUUUCGGUUUGUCCACUUGGAACUAUGGUUUCUAUCACCCAGUGUGUUUUGAUGACUCUAGACCUGUUGACUGGUCCCAUUUCUAGUCCCCUGACUGUCCGUAUUCCAGCUUACAACCAUAUGCAUUGGCUCUUCUUAGCCAUAAUCACACUUUUUAUACUCCACAACUGCAUACCAUACUUAUACAUACCAUAAUCGUCACAACUUACACAGUUACACAACAUAUACACAUAUCAUCAACUUUCCACACCUGUGGAUAUCUUACACUACAUCAGAAGCUAGUAUGCACAUGAAAAACGUUCUCAAAACAUUUUUUUACAAAAAAGGUGUGGAUCACUGGCCAAAAUCCCAAGUAGUCGUCCAAGCACAAAAUAGUUGAAGACGAUACCUCAUCCUGGCUUCAACUCUAGCUCCUCCCCCACCUAACACUUAUCUACUGCUGCUGCUGAUGAUCUGCUUACACAUAGCAUAAGCAGAGAAGAAGAAUAAAAGAGGGUCAGCUAAUGGCUGAGUGAGACAAUCAUUGCAUCGUGAGUUCAUAACAGAGCAUACCCCUACCAUACAUCUAGCAAACAAGCCAAAGCACUAGGAUCAGACCUCAGCCAUCCGACAUCCCAAUAGGCAAAAGACUCAACCACCUUGACUUAUGCAUAUGCUUCUUAUCAUGUUUUACUUAUAGGCUCCUGGCUACUCCCAUGCUAAUAACUCUCCUGGGAAACAUACCCCCAUCCUGUCGAAUGUAGUCAUAUUUACCCCAACAUCCCGUCGGAUGUGGUCAUACAUACCCCACACCACUAUGGGUGUAGUCAUACCCCGACAUCACUCUGGGUGUGGUCAUAUCUCGUAAGAAUUCUUCAGUCACCACCACAUGAGAGGUGUGACUAUCAUACAUAUCAUAAUAGAGUAAUAGCAUAGGG